AUGGAGUCAAAGUACCUCACAAACAUCGCCAAGUAUUCUCCAGUGUACCAUGGCUCACAGAUCCAGACCUCAAUAUGGCCUCAGCUUCCUUUGGCUCGUCGGGCUUCAGUGAUGGUGCUAUUGUUCUUAGGCAAAAUGGGAGAGUUACGUGUUAUCCUAACCCGUCGGUCUAAGAAACUACGAGCUUUCUCUGGUCACAUAUCCCUUCCUGGAGGUAAGGCCGAUACGUUAGAUGAAACUGAAUGGGAUGUUGCCCGCAGAGAGACAGAAGAAGAGAUAGGUAUAUCAGCCGAUGAUGACUAUCUCAAGUCUCACUCGGGAUUUACUAUUCACAAGAUCAACACACUUCCAGCAUACUUAUCGAGAACCUUCUUGGGAGUCAGGCCCUGUGUCGGAUUUAUCGACUUUCAUCAUGCAUCCAACAAAGCUAUCUCUUCAAUCCUGUUGAAUCCAGGUGAGAGUUCAGCCAUAUUUUCGGUUCCCCUAAAAGAUUUUCUACAGCCCAAACCACGCCGCUACGAACUCAAGGAGUGCCUGAAACAAAGCUAUAUCAAAACCAAGUGGGGAGGAAUCCCCUGGAAUCUACGGUCCUUUAUCUUCCCUAUCCACAACCCCCAUGAAGUUCCCUGGCUAGAGUCCAUUCAGGAUCUGUCAUCAGAAGAGGAUGAGACGGAACAGGAUAUGGAAUUUGGCGAGAAGACCCGCAAUGUCUGGGGACUCACUGCCAAUAUUUUACGUGAUCUAGCCAUGCUCACGUACGGUGGAGCCAAACAUUUCCACGAACUAGUUGGUGAAGAAGAUUUGAUACACUCACUUGCUACUGUUGGAAAACAGAUGCAAGGUCGUCCUCGAUCCGAAUUUGAAAAGACCAUGACAAACAACCGUCGUGGAGUUGGUUUUGAUCAAGUGUUACCAGACCAUGAAGUGCAACGUCUCAAAACGCUUUACUCAGUCAUAUAG